CAGUUACGAUUUUAGCACCUGUUGAUUAACAACUGCUAGUUAAUUAUCAUGUAUUUCAAGAUUUUCGUAUUAGCUGCUACCCUAGCCGUGGCUAUUGCCCGGCCCCAACAAGAACACGGCCACUCCCAUCACCACGCCGUCUCCUCACAAAACAUCCAGCGUCACGACGUGCCCGGCAAGGCGCCCGAGGGCCACCACGACUACUACGCGCACCCUAAGUACGAGUUCGUCAAGGUGGAGGACCCGCACACCGGCGACAAGAAGGCGCAGCACGAGGCCCGCGACGGCGACGUCGUCAAGGGCUACUACAGCCUGCACGAGCCCGACGGCACUGUCAGGAUCGUUCACUACACUGCUGACAAGAAAAAUGGAUUUAACGCUGUUGUCACCCAUGAAGGACACGCCAAGCACAUUGUUCCUACUCAUCACCAUUGAUUCUACGAUUACUUUUACAAUCAUGUUGUUAACUAUUGUGUAGAUAAUUUAAUGCGUUUGAACGAGUAAUUGUAAAUAUUUAUGUAAAAUAAUAAUAAAAAAAUGUUAAAUACUUUAAA